AUGUGUCAGUGCGUUGGGGUUUACCCAAGCCGUGUACCCCAGACGUGUACCCAGCCGUGUACCCCAGCCGUGUACCCCAGCCGUGUUCCCCAAGCCGUGUAUCCCAGCCCUGUACCCCAAAAGUGUACCCCAGCCAUGUACCCAAGCCGUGUACCCCAGCCAUGCACCCAAGCCGUGUACCCAAGCCGUGUACCCCAGCCGUGUACUCAGCCGUGUACCCCAGCCAUGUACCCCAGCCGUGCACCCCAGCCGUGUACCCAAGCCGUGUAUCCCAGCCGUGUAUCCAAGCCGUGUACCCCAGCCGUGUAUCCCAGCCGUGCACCCCAGCCGUGUAUCCCAGCUGUGUACCCAAGACGUGUAUCCCAGCCGUGUACCCCAGCCGUGUAUCCAAGCCGUGCACCCCAGCCGUGUACCCAAGCCAUGUAUCCCAGCCGUGUAUCCAUGCCGUAUAUCCCAGCCGUGUAUCCCAGCCGUGUACCCAAGCCGUAUAUCCCAGCCGUGUAUCCCAGCCGUGUACCCCAGCCGUGUAUCCAAGCCGUGCACCCCAGCCGUGUAUCCAAGCCGUGUAUCCUAGCCAUGUACCCCAGCCGUGUAUCCCAGCCGUGUACCCAAGCCGAGUACCCCAGCCGUGUAUCCCAGCCGUGUAUACCAGCCGUGUACCCCAGCCGUGUAUCCUAG